AGUCUCGCGAUAGCGCGGCGCCAAGUCUCGCGCGGCGCGGGGCAGGGGGCAGCGGCGCAGCCAUGGCGGCCGAGCGGGGCCGGUGGCGGCGGCGGCGGCGGGCGGCUGCGCGGCGCGGCCGGUGCUGAGGGGGCCGCGGGCCGCGCCGGGCUUUGCCCCCGCCGGGCGCCAUGAGCCAGGGCGGCGGGGCCCCCGGCGAGAGCGGCGAGCCCGAGGCCAAGGUGCUGCACACCAAGCGGCUGUACCGGGCAGUGGUAGAGGCUGUUCAUCGGCUGGAUCUCAUCCUUGGCAAUAAGGCGGCGUAUCAAGAAGUGUUCAAGCCAGAGAACAUCAGCUUGAGGAACAAGCUGCGGGAGCUGUGUGUGAAGCUGAUGUUCUUGCAUCCAGUGGAUUAUGGGCGAAAAGCAGAAGAACUGCUCUGGAGAAAAGUUUACUAUGAAGUUAUCCAGCUCAUUAAAACAAAUAAAAAGCACAUUCACAGCCGUAGUACUCUGGAGUGCGCGUACCGGACUCACUUAAUCGCUGGCAUAGGAUUUUACCAGCACCUUCUCCUCUACAUUCAGUCUCACUAUCAGCUGGAGCUGCAGUGCUGCAUUGACUGGACUCACGUGACGGACCCCCUCAUAGGCUGCAAGAAACCUGUGUCUGCAUCGGAGAAGGAGAUGGAGUGGGCACAGAUGGCAUGUCACAGAUGUCUGGUUUAUCUGGGAGAUCUAGCUCGCUAUCAGAAUGAACUGGCAGGUGUGGACACAGAGUUGCUGGCUGAGCGAUUUUACUAUCAAGCCCUUUCUGUUGCACCACAAAUUGGCAUGCCCUUUAACCAGCUGGGGACGUUGGCGGGGAGCAAAUAUUACAACGUGGAAGCUACCUAUUGCUACUUACGCUGCAUCCAGUCUGAAGUGUCCUUUGAAGGUGCCUAUGGGAACCUGAAGCGGCUGUAUGACAAAGCAGCCAAAAUGUAUCACCAGUUGAAGAAAUGUGAAACCAGGAAGUUGUCUCCAAGCAAGAAACGGUGCAAAGACAUUAAGAGGUUGCUGGUGAGCUUUAUGUACCUGCAGAGCCUUUUACAGCCGAAGAGCAGCUCUCUGGAUUCUGAGCUGACAUCUCUCUGCCAGUCCGUGCUGGAGGAUUUCAACCUGUGCUUGUUCUACCUGCCUUCUCCUCCUAAUCUGAACUCAACUAGUGAAGAUGAGGAAGAGUACGAGAGUGGCUACUCCUUCCUUCCCGACCUCCUGAUCUUCCGCAUGGUGAUCAUCUGCCUUAUGAGCGUUCACAGCCUCAAGAGGGCAGGUUCCAAGCAGUACAGUGCAGCCAUCGCUUUCACGCUGGCCCUCUUCUCUCAUCUGAUAAACCACGUCAAUAUUCGCCUGCAGGCAGAGCUAGAAGAAGGGGAAAAUCCAGUCCCAGCCUUUCAGAGUGACGGCACAGAUGACCAGGAGCCACGGGAGCCCUUGAACUCCAUCGAGAAGGAAGCCGAAGCUGACUUGGCCAAUCACCAGCCCAGCGAGGAACAACAGAAGAAUGACUGCAAGAAAAGCAAGAAAUACUCCCGCCUCUCUUGUCUGCGCCGCCGCCGCCACCCCCAGAAGGUGGACGAGAGUGACCUGAGCGAGGGCUUUGACUCUGACUCUAGCCAGGGCUCCACAAAGGGCAGCGAUGGCUCAGAAAGUGGCUCAGAGAAGAGUGAUGAGGAGGCAGAAGCUGCUUUUGAUGUGGAGACGGACUCUGACAUGAACAGCCAAGAAUCUCGUUCUGACUUGGAGGACAUGGAGGACGAGCCGGGUGAGGAGGGAAGUGGCCGAGGCAAAAGCGGGCCCAAAGAGGCCUUAAAAAACUGUGUGGAUGGCAGCGGGCUGGGGGACUCUAAGAGCCCAAGCAUCUCUAAAAUCGAGACUCCAGAUCCGGCAACCAACGGGCCAGGGUCCCUGAGCACUAAUGAUGCAAGCAUAGCCAGUAAUCUCCAGGCCAUGUCUACCCAGCUGUUUCAGACCAAACGCUGCUUUCGCUUGGCUCCCACUUUCAGCAACAUCCUCCUGAAACCAAACAGCGAGCCGCCUGUCUUGAAGGAUGGAGUAGACAGCAAGCCAUGUGUCAAUGGAGAUCUGGAGAAGCCCGGCUUGGCGGAGCAAGAUGAUGUAUCGGACUCUGAAGAAAGCAUUUCAAGCAACAAAUCCUGCAGGAACGAGCGAUCCCUUCAGGAGAAGCUAGAGAUCGUGACCAACGAGGGGUUGCUUCCCACUGUCAAGGUGUUUCUGGACUGGCUGAGGACAAACACAGACCUCAUCAUCAUGUGUGCGCAGAGCUCUCAGAGCCUGUGGAACAGGCUGUCUGUGCUCCUGAACCUUCUGCCUUCUGCUGCAGAUCUGCAGGAAUCAGGGCUGGCCCUAUGUAAUGAAGUCAAGGACAUGCUGAGCAGCUCUGAACUCCCAGACCUGAGCGCCAACUUGCUGCUCCCCGAAGAUGUGGCCCUGCGCAAUCUGCCCCCUCUGAAAAACGCACACAAGAGGUUUAACUUUGAGCAGGACCGACCCAUUUUCUCCGCAGUGGAGGAGUCUGUUGUUCGGAUUUGCUGCAUUCGGAGCUUUGGCCACUUCAUCACCCACUUGCAAGGCAGCAUCCUGCAGUUCAACUCGGAGCUUGGGAUCUUCAUCAGCAUAGCUCAGUCAGAGCAAGACAACCUGCUGCACCAGGCCCAAGCCCAAUUUCACAUGGCUGCAGAGGAAGCUCGUCGGAACAGGCUAAUGAGAGACAUGGCUCAGCUUCGACUGCAGCUGGAGGUUUCUCAGCUGGAGGGAAGUCUCCAGCAGCCCAAAGCCCAGUCGGCCAUGUCUCCUUAUCUCGUCCCGGACACCCAGGCCCUCUGCCAGCACCUGGCUGUUGUCAAGCAGCUGGCCACUAGCGGGAGGUUCAUAAUCAUCAUUCCUCGAACAGUGAUUGAUGGCUUAGACUUCCUGAAAAAGGAGAACGCAGGUGCUCGGGACAGCAUCCGAUAUCUGGAGGCAGAAUUUAAAAAGGGAAACAGGUACAUUCGUUGCCAGAAAGAUGUUGGGAAGAGCUUUGAGAGGCAUAAAUUGAAGAGACAAGAUUUAGACGCCUGGAACCUCUAUAAAAUACUGGACAGCUGCAAACAGCUGACGGUGUCCCAGGCAAGCGGGGAGGAUGACACCACAGGAAUGGUCACCAUCAUCACGGGCUUUCAGCUGGAGGACCCAAGCGCGUUCUCGGUGCCCAUGCAGUCUGCCAUCCAGGCAGCCGCCAAUGCCAGCGUAGAAAUAAAAAACGUCCUGGAGUUCUACAAGCAGUGGAAAGAGAUGGGCUGAUGUUCAGAAGGGCAUCGGGUUGGUGUACCUUUCUCUCCCCCUCUCGGAACGUGCAGCGUCUGAACGAAGGAAACAAAAAUCCAGGUGACACUUAGACACGAAGAAGCAGCAGCAGCAACAAUAAGAAAAAUACCUACAAAAAAAAAUUAAAAAAACAAUCCAGGCACGCACACGGACACCCGCCACCCACACCCCGACCAGACGGCUGUACAUCUCCAACGGCGCUAACUGCUCUGAGAAGAGAGAGGCACCUCGGCACGGCUGAGGCAGAGCUCUGCCCUUCUCCCAGUCGGCAGGGAUGGGCGAGACACGGGCAGUCGUUCAUUCCCCCCUCCUUCCUCCCCAAAGCUUGCUUGGUCAUCUGAAACGGACAGGCGGCUUCGAAAGCGUGGACUUCACUUAAAUGAAACCAAACCGGCGCAGCAGAAAUGGAGCCCUCCUAGCUUGGGAAACGAGAUCCGAAGAGUGUUUAGCUCUUGCUUGGCAAUCUGGUGACAGGAAAGCAGAUGAUCUUUUUUUUUUUCUUUUGAGUUAAUUAUUUUUCAAGGUUUUUUUUUCCUUUUAAUUCUUAGUUUUAUAUAUAUAAAUAAUAUUAAAAAAAAGAAAGAAAAAGUGGAGUUCCUUUGGGGUUCUGGAUACUCUUCCAAUGUUAGAAAAGGAAACAAUGAUACUAUUUAAAAAGAGGGGGAAAAUGAAAAAAAGCUCUUAAUAUAAUUUUUUUCUUUUUCUUUUCUUUUUUCUUUUUUGGAAAACAUAUUUAUUUCCCUUCCCUGUCCCCAUGGAGCGGGCUCAGUGCAAAGGGAUGUUGGCCUGCAAGGAGAGAGCGGUCCGAAGUGCCCCCGUGGGCUUCGCGCACAUCCUUGCUUUCUGUACAAGCUGCGUGCUUCAACGAGAGUUUGGCCGGGCUGCUGGAGAGAGGUGAAAAGGACUCUCUUCCCCCUGUCUUUUCCUCCUCUUCCCCCUUCCCCAGUCCCUCCCACUUUGCUUCCAGCAUUAGGCCUUGGAGAAAAGGAGCUGAAUCCAGCAGAAUCGCUGGGAGAGGGAGAAGAGCCAUGCGGGAUUUAAACACCGAUAAGGCUCAACCGCUUGGUUGGAGUGCUGUGACCAUGGGAUGGAUGGAACCAGCAGGCAUCUCCCAAGGACCCAAGCCUCUUUUUUUCCUUUUUUUUUUUUUUCCCUUUUUUAAUCUUGCAAUGGGGUGUGGAGGAGGAAGGAGGAUCUCGAAGCCAUUAUCUCUUCUGCUGGCUGUUCUGACACCGCUGCUGCUACGUCAUGCUAGAGAGGGUGGCAGAACUCGUGUGGUCGUAUCCCCCCGACACCCUGCUCCGGGGCAGGCAAAGGCAAUGCAGGGACUGCCACGGUCCAGGACUGAGCCCACAAACCAGUCUGUGCUUUUAGCAUCCCAGAAAGAAGGGAAGACGCUACCUGGGCGGAUGCUGGAAGAGCUGAUUUCCCCUUGUGACCUGCAAGGGACCGUGCAGACCUCCAUCCUGACGGCAUCUCAAGGCAACCUGUGUCUGACUUCUGUGACGCUGAUGCUUGGAAAUGAAGAAACAGGUUGCUCCCAAGACAGCUGAGCAGCGGGAGAUAGGCUGAAUGGCCUCUUCGUAGUUCAUCUGUGUCGGUGUGCUCAAGAAACAGAUGUUUCCAUCCACGUGAACUAACAGCAGCUAUGCAAGUAAAAACCACUAGUCUUCUACGUUUGAUUGUUUUUUCACAUGGGCCAGCCAGAAGCUGCUAUAAACGGGGCGUAAUAUGGAAAGACAAGUAACAUACUCCAAUCUGUGCAGACUUCCUAGCGCGAUGCAUUGUACUGGAGUGGCAGGAUGUUCCUUGUUUUCAGGUUAAAAAAAAAAAAAGCCAGCACAAGUCCCAGAUAAUUUGCAUGUAUUGCAAUUUCAGUUCCUUUGCGGCAUGCAGCCCUGUAGCAUGGGCAGAGAGAAAUGCAGAGCAUUACGUUACGGCUGGAGCUGGCCCUACAAGGUCCUCAUGCUUGAGAGGUGACCUGAAAGGCAGAUGGAGGGGGUAGACUGGCAGGGCUUCCCGCUGACUUUUCCCUUUGCAGCUUCUCCUGAAACUUGCGGUGCUUUUCUAGGCUAAGCCAAGGAAACAACAUCAGCAGAAGGGCAGGUGAAGGACUGGCUCGACUCGGGCGUUCUUAGAGGUCCAAGAUGGACUGUGAAGCUUGGCAGUCGUUCUCUCCUCCAGUGCUAUCAGUGAUUUUAUUUAAAGCCAUUUGUUUGUCUAGCUCAUUAUUUUUAUUUGAUGGGGAUGGGGAAAGAAAAAAGACUCACUCUGAGACUCGUCCUUCGGUGCACGAGCCAGAGCACUACGGUGCGGUGGAGAAAAGAUUCGCCUCCCCUUCCGCCCCUCUGACGUGGAGAGUGCUGCUCGGCUGGGCUGAAAUACGCUCCUUGUCCUCCCGGAGCCUGGCUCCACGGGCGCCUGCCUGGGGAACUGUGCUGUGUCCUGUUGCUCAAGAAACCCGUCCACCCCCUCGCUGCACAGCACAUCAGAGGGGGCUGCAGAGGCGGAAGCUCCCCGCUCCGAGGGCUGCUCGAGUGAAGCCCAGCUCUGUCUGGUGUCACUCUCUUUUGGUUGCGUAGUGCAAGGUGUGCACUCGGGUUUGAUGGGGAGAAGGAUGUUAAUCUGAAAUCGGAAAAUCAAGGAGCUGGAGACGUUCCUUGGCUUUGCCCUGGGCCAGCUAUUUCCUUGGCCGCAGCUAGAGCUUGAGGGGGGGAAAAGAGCGAUGCAAAGGAAGCAGCAACCAAAAGGGAAUGCUUUCCCUGCAGCUAGCGCGUGUCUCAGUCCCUGCGAGUCCCCGGGCUGUCCAUGGUGCAGGAUCUGUGCUGGGAGCCGAGCUCGGCGGGGUCGGGAUGCUGGCAGGGCUGCAGAGGGCACGUGGAGGUGGGAGCCCGGGCCGUGUCCCCGUGGAGAAGGUGGGCUCGCACAGCCCACGUGUCUCCCGAAUCGCCUCGGGGGCUGUUAGGGCUGGAUAGAGAAGGCAGUUGGAAAACAAAAAUGAGCAGAGCUUUCUGGAGCAAGCAGUUGUUGCUGAGCUCUGACAGCCCUGCUUGGGGGCCAGGCAGCAAACCCAGAGCUGCUUUUUAAAAAGCAGCGAGGCUGUUGCUGCAUCUUCUGCAUCAGCACAUCAUCCCUGCUGGCUGCUUGGUCUCCUAAGGGCUUGUUUCGAUGUUACCCAAAGUUUUGCAGACUGAGAGAGGAGGAAAGGACCCCGGGCUGCCUGUCAAAGGGAAAUCCUAAUAACUGUCCCGUGGCAUCGUUCAGCCCCCUCCCUGGGUAUAAAGUGACCCAGCUCUGCUAUGCCCAAGGGCCUGGGCCCGUUUGCCCCCGUGCGGGAUUUGGUGCAUCGCUUCCCAAUCCCAACCGCGAAGCCAGAAACAGGAGGCCGGUCUCCCUGGCCUGUCACGGUGGUGGCUGAUGCUAAACACUUCUCCAGGGACAGGGACAACUUGAGUGUCGGUGUGAAUCCCGGCUUGCCACGCUGCCUGGGCCCUGGCCGCCGCGGUUGGGGUUUCCCCCGCGGUGCCAGCCGGAGGUGCAGCCACAGCCUGACGUGCCAAGCCGGCAUCGCGCGCCGGCCGAGCCCCGGGACCGCCAGCUCUGCUCCGCUGCUGCUCCACAUGGUGCUACUCCCGUGCCCGCUCCAAGCUUGCUAGGACCAGCUCCCGGCUCGCCCCUUGGGCUGAAAAACAUUGUUUUUAAUGCGUUUCUGUGUGUUUCUGGGCUUCGGUUUUCUUUCCUUUUCGUUACCCCCGCAGGUGAGCUCGUGGUGGGUUGGGUGAGUGCGCGGGGUGCCGGUGGCCACGGCUUGGGUUUCUUGCGGGGACGCUGGUGGCAGCAGCGGUGCUGGCGCCCGCUGGGUUCCUGCACGGCGUUUCCCUGGGCUGCACCUCGUCCUCCCGCUGCCUUCCUCGCUGCCGCCUCGGCUUUCCAUGCACAUCCCAGACUUCCCCUUUGCAACGUCCAGGUGGACUAGCUGCUCCGCACGGGAAUGCCGGGGAGGGCGAGCCGGGGGCAGCCGCGGGGAUGGGGAAAGGCCGCAGCUCGGCGCGGGACGCGACACCCCUUUGGUAGCACAAAUCCCAAAUCCGGCCGGUGGGUCGGCGCUCGGCCGGCUCCGGCGUGGGGAAGCGCCCCGGCCGUCCGGCCCGGCCCCGGAGGAGCCGGCGGCUCUCGCGGCACGCGUCUGACUGUGACCCCGACACGUUGACUGGCUUAAUAAAAUCUGAGAUGUUUGUA